GCUUGGGAGGAAUUCUUACCGAAGAAGUCUUCCUCUGAAACAGUCCAUUCCUUUGCCAUAGUCGCUGUGGAGAAGUUGGUGGCGAAGUGCAAUCAAGGGGGGUUUCAUGUCACUUCCUUCCGAGGGUAAACUCCGGUUUUACCAAAUGAGGGGGAAAGGUUCUCGAAAAGUUUAAGCCCAGAUUUCUGUCUGAGCCGCAUCCAGAGUUUCCUAGUCCGUGUUCUCUUGGUACUUAAGGAGGGAUUCCAUGGUUCCUUUCGAAAUGGGGGACUGCGAACCCGCCCUCGUGAACCAUGAGAUGGAGCAUCAUAUAGUUGCGGCAGCUCAGCACCUCGUGAUGGCACUGAGAGCGAGUACUAACCUGGACAUCGAUGGCGUGAGGAGUUUCCUUUCCAAUGUCGAAGCUCAUCUCUCGGCGAAGUCCACGCCUAGCGAGAGCAGGGGAUGGUUGUUGAAGGAGAUAGAAGAGCAACUCAGGCAGCAUGAGAUAGCGAUCAUGAGUUGGGAGACUAACCAGUCACUGAUAUGGGACUCUAGCUCAGAGGAAGCCUCGGAGUAUCUGAAAGCUGCUGUCGAGGUUCAGAAAUUAGUGGGGACUCUAGGAAGCGUUUCUCCCAUAAGGAAUGCGAAGCAGAAGGAGCUUCUUCUUCGCGCCCAAGGCAUCUUGGAGAUAGCAAUGUCAAGGCUCGCGGAAGAGCUGCGGCACAUUCUUGUCCGGUAUAAGGAGUACUAUGAGCCUGAAUACAUGUCAUUCCGCUCUUUUGCGGAGGAUGUGGUGUAUGAUGAGUCCUUUUUUUCCAUAGAGGAUGAAGCGGCUGAGUUAACGUCUCGUGCAGAGGAUGGUGGCAGUGGCACCGGCACAGGCACCAGCAAUGCACCGGCGGAACAUCUGGUAAGUCUGAUCCACCCCAAUAUGGUCCCUGCGCUCAAGUUGAUUGCGCAGGCGAUGUUUUCAUCUAAAUAUGAUCAGGAAUUUUGCCAAGCUUAUGUUAGCAACCGGAGAGAAGCGCUGGACGAGUACUUGCUCAUACUCAAAAUGGAGCAGUUGACAAUUGAAGAUACUCUGAGGAUGGGUUGGGAUAAGAUGAGCGGUGAGAUAAAGAAAUGGGCUUGGGCGAUGAGGAUCAUUAUUCGCGUCUAUCUUGCUAGCGAAAAACGUCUUUGCGACGAGGUCCUAGGAGAGUUUGGUUCCGUUAACUUGAUUACCUUUGUUGAUAUCACAAAGGCUUCAACGCUGCUUUUCUUGAACUUUGGCGAAGCCAUAACAAUGUCGCCCCAUCAACCGGAGAAGUUGUUUCGAGUGCUUGACAUGUAUGAGGUCCUCGCUGAACUCCUCAGUUACAUAGAUGCUUUGUACUCGGAGUACGCCGGUGCUUCCGUUAGGAUCGAGUUUCAUGAUCUUUUGGCCCGCUUGGGCGAUUAUGCAAGAGCCACAUUUGCGGAAUUUAGGAAUCGUAUUGCUCUAGACAGGUCUCAGAAGCCUUUUGGGGGAGGUGGGAUUCAUCCUCUCACCAAGUACGCCAUGAACUACAUCAAGGUCCUUUCUGCAUACAGAGCCCCCCUCAAUUUGCUUCUUCGCGAUCAAGAAGUAAAACAUCCGGAGCCUUGUCUUGGAAUAGAUAGCGAGGAGGAAUGCUCUUCCGACAGCUCAUGCGCAUUGGCAGCCCAUGUGAGGUCACUGGUGUCUGUUUUGGAGUUGAACCUUGUCGAGAAGUCCAAGCUGUUCAAGGACAGUUCUCUACAGCAUGUGUUCUUGAUGAACAACAUCCAUUACAUGGUGCAAAAGAUAAAAGACUCCGACCUGAGGCUUUACUUUGGGGACGAGUGGAUCAGGAAGCAUAUCGGUAAAUACCAGCAGCACGCGACGAGUUAUCUGAGAGCCACGUGGAGUUCCGCUCUGUCUUUGCUCAAGGAUGGUGGGAACCAUGCUUUGAGCUUCUGUAAGCCGACUGUCAGAGAAAGGUGCAAGUCCUUCUGUCUCGCUUUCGAGGAAGUCUACAAGUGCCAGACCGGGUGGAUCAUCCGAGAUCCGCAGCUUCGGUUGGACGUACAGAUCGCAACUUCACAGAAAGUGAUACAUGCUUAUCGGACGUUUCUGGGAGUGUGUUCGGGUUCUAUCGGCGAGAAGCACAUCAAGUACACUGUUGAUGACAUUGAGAACUACAUUUUGGAUCUCUUUGAAGGAACUACAAAGUCAUUGCCCCAUCCAUGGAAGAAGUGAAUUCAUUUUACUGUCAGCUCUUCCAAUUCCUGUCUUCUGGUCUUUUGCUGUACCGUAUUGUAAUCGGUGUAUAUGCCUUUCAUACUUGAACACGUCCUGGUGUAGAUUGUCGGCGAAAACUUUGUCAUCUACGCUGUAUCUCGUGUGAUGAUACCAACUAGGAAAUUUAUCAGCACAAAUUGGUUUUCGCUCU